GACACUUUCUCCCGCAUUUGAUCCAGAAAUGUAAAAGGGAUAGGAUGCAUGGUAAUAACUUCCCGAAAGUUGAAAAGGGGUGGGAGGAGUUUAGGGGACGUUGUGAGAUCUCGGAGCAGCUGCUGUAUCCACAGCAACGGCUGUAGAUUGAUUCCAAAUCAGGCUGUCAGCACUCGUCUUGUUGGAAGGAGGAGAGACUUUCACGUUUGCCGCUUUACAAACGGUCUCUUCGGGUUGUGCUACCAAGAUAUUUAUCUCCAGCAAUUUGCAAAACCCCCCAAAAAACCCCGAGAAGAUUGUGCCGUGCCUGACAUGUUCCUGAGAACUCUUCUGAAGCUUCUUGCAGCAGCUUCCCUUAAUGUCAAGAUCAUCAUUGCAUUAAAGGACAGUAAAGGUCAAAUUCUGACUGAAAAUAAAUUUAAAGAUCCUUUGGGCCAAAUAAAGGCAUAUUUCGGGACAACACUUCCUGCCCCCUUUCCGUCUGAAUCUAUGACCAAAGGUUCUACUCUAGUGUCACCUCUCGUCUUCCAGUUCCAGAAGAUGGGUUCAUUCCGGAGGCCCCGGCCUCGUUUCAUGAGCUCCCCAGUGCUGACUGAUUUGCCACGGUUUCUGGCAACUCGGCAGUCUCUACAGCUCAACUCUAACUCUGCAUGGAACAGUGUUCAAACAGCAGUGAUCAAUGUGUUCAAAGGGGGAGGCUUGCAAAACAACGAACUCUACACCCUCAAUGAAAAUGUCAGGCGAUUGCUGAAGAGUGAACUUGGAUCUUUUAUCACAGACUAUUUCCAGAACCAGCUCCUUGCGAAGGGCUUGCUGUUCAUAGAGGAGAAGGUUAAGCUUUGUGAAGAAGAGAAUCGCAUCCACGCAUUAUCUGAGAUCUGGGAUCACUUCUUCACUGAGACUCUUCCUACACUUCAGGCUAUAUUUUAUCCUGUUCAGGGCCAAGAAUUGACUAUUCGCCAGAUUGCCCUUCUUGGCUUCCGAGACUUGAUCUUAUUAAGAGUGAAGUUGGGUGAGAUUCUACCGCGAGUCCAAACCAAAAUUCCACCUUCCAUUGUCCAGAUGCUGCUGAUUUUACAGGGAGUCCAUGAGCCUACAGGCCCCAGUAAGGCCUUCAUGCAGUUGGAAGAGCUUGUUAAACAGGUGGUCUCCCCAUACCUUGGUUUGUGUGAAGAACACUGCUUCCCUGACAGCACCUGUGCACUCGAGAAAAGGUAUUACAGACCUCGUCCCAAACCCAAUGGGCUGAGCUUCUCUUCUCACCCUGUGGCAACCCGGCAGACCAGUGAAACUGCCUUGACGCCCCUGACGGAGCAGGAGGGUGAGGCAUACUUAGAGAAAUGUGGGAGCAUCCGUCGCCACACUGUUGCCAAUGCUCAUUCGGACAUCCAACUAUUGGCCAUGGCUUCUAUGAUGCACUCAGGGAUGGUGGUAGAAGAACCAGACAAUAGUGACACAUGUCUGCUUUUACAGCCUGGUUUGAACCAUAGGCAAUGUUCCAGUGAGCCCAGUAUAGCAGAUGGACCAGAAGGGCUGGGGACAGCAACCAUGCAGGAACCUACAGAACUGAACUGCACGUCUGUCUGCUGAAAUGCCCAAUCCAGUGGGACUGCUCUUUAGAAAGAAAAAUCAAAUGCACUAAAACUAAACAAUGCCUUGCUAAGCACUGCUAAGAUCAUUGGAGAACUCACUCUUUUUGGGAAUGGGAUCUACUUGCCAAGUCCUGGAAAUGAUGUAAUAAUUUGAAGUUUCUUUGGGAAUAUUCUCUUACAGGUUCUACAUUUGUGGCUUAUUUUUCAGUGACGGUACAAGGCUGCAAAAUUCAGACAUUCCAGCAUCUUCCAACUUCACUUAGAGAAAAGAGUUUCUAUUUCACUUUUUGUCUUAUCUCUUUAACUAUCAUAUGAACGAAUAGCAUCCUUUGAAACUGGAGAUGAAAGUAAGAUUCUGUGGGGCGAGGCAGGUACCUCUAUCCCUGGGUGGGACACUCAUGAUGAAGCCAGCCAUUAACCUGCAAAGAUCCCACAGUAGUCUCUGUUGCUUUGUUUCUAGUGAUGACUGAUGUGUGUUCAAGCACUGUCAAUCUGAAGUGUAGGGAUAGAGUCAUGGAAACAGUGUGCCUUCUCUCAGCAUUAGAAUUGUCAGCAGCAAACCCAGACCUUGGCAACUGCUUUGCCUCUCUCAGUAGCAAUAAUUUGAAGAGGAAGCUGUGCAAAGCAUUUUUGUUACUAAGCUGGAAGAUUGUUUUGAGGCUCUUUUUAGCAUGUGUCUUCUCAGGGAGGACCAUUAUGUAUAUUCCAAAGAACCAUCUUAGAUUGUAGGGGACCUAAUUAGGAAAAGGGCUCUUUGUUAGGCUUCCAGCCUAGGGACCAUUUCUUUGAUUGCAUAGUAGUUGUAGCAACAGAAUAUCACCAGUGGCAAGCAAAAGCUGACCAUGUCCUCCAACGCUAGGCUGUGCCGUAAAAAAGAUUAACUCCCAUAAAUCUGAAAGUUAACAUACUAAAAUGAGCACACAGCAAAUGGCUUGUUUAAGCAGCAAAAACAAAAUAAACUUGGUUUUCUUACUGUACAGGGGUUAUACACUAGCGCUUGAGAUGACAUUCUGAGCCUUCAUCCUAUUUUGAAGAAAUAGUUAGCUCAGGGGUCCUCAAACUUGGGUCCCCAGAUGCUGUUGGACUACGACUCCCAUCAUCCCCUGUAGUACCACAUCAUCUGGGGACCCAAGUUUGUGAACUCCUGAGCUGCCCUUUUUUUAAGGGAAUUCCCCUACUCUGUGAAAUUUACAGCUAAAUGUGGAGAAAUCUGUGGCUGGUACAGGGCCUGGAUUCUACCACUGCUGGUUCUGUUCUUGCCUCUACCAUAAACUCCAUCACAGAGGGAUUUGCUUUUGAGAGCUGCAGGCUUCCUAGACUUCAGAGUUUUAACUUAUAUAAGAAUAAACGCUCCUGUUAAGGAAGCGCCAAAUCGGUUCAGGCACCAACAUUUGAUCGAGGUCGGUGGGGCCAGGGUUGGUUCCUUUAAAAAGCAGGUAAGCAGGACCAUACCUGCUCCCCUAUUGCCCCACCACUUUUCCAGAUGUGGCACUUGCUGUUCAAAAGGCCAUGCACAGCUGCAGUGCUACUCCAUUUGUGUGGUCAGUAUGGUGUUGCUGGGAGCAGCGCUACCUUUUGAACAGUGAGCGCCAUACCCAGAAAAGCAGUGGGGCAGCGCAGGUAAGAUCCUGCUUUUUAAAGGAACCAGUCCCCCACCCCGCCUGCAGCUGCGCAAGCCACUUGUGCAUCAAGCCACAAGCAAGCCACAUCCCUACCUCCUGUAGUUCUGACCAUUUAGAAAUAUGAGUUUUCAGUAGUAGUAGUAGUAGAAGAUCCAACCGCCUUUGAGAACUCAAGCUACUCUUAAUGGAAGAGUUUGUGUGAGGCAUGGAGCUGGCCUCCAUCUCUGGAGGUGUGGAUGGUACUAAGAACUGGAAUUGGACAUUAUCUAACUGGAAUAGCCACAUCUUUUUUUUUUUAAUAUCAAAUUCUAUAUAUUUUAUUUUCUGUGACAUUUGUCCUGUACCACUAUUUGCUCUUUAUGGGAAUAGAACAUAAUCCAGGGAACCAAGUUCACUUUGCUAAGCAAGGUCUGCCCUGGUUUGCACUUGAAGCGUAGACAUGUGAGCACCAGUGUUCCCUCUGGCAGUGAUUCCCAGAUUUUGUUGCCUACAACUCUAAGAAUCCCCAGCUGCAAUGGUUUUUUGCUUGGGUAUUAUGGGAGUUGUCGCCAACAACAUCUGGGAAUCCCUAUUAGAGGGAACACUGGUGAACACUAUAAGAUAGUCCCCUUAGGGGAUGGGGCUGCUCUGGGAAGAACAUCUGUAUGCUUGCACAAAGGAAGGCAUCUCCAAGAUAGGGCUGAGAGAGAUUCCUGCCUGCAACCUUGGAGAAGCUGCUACCAGUCUGUAUAGAUGAUACUGAACUAGAUGGACCUAUGGUCUGACACUGUAUAUGGCAGCUUCCAAUGUAAGCAUGACCCAAUACAAGCAGUGAAAUGAUGAAAGGUGAAAAGUGACUUGUGAAAUGUUUGUGCAAUGAUGUUUUAGUCCCCAUGAAGGGAUGCUGGGAAGCUGACAAAGGUGAAAUGAGAGGGCAACUCUCUCACACAUAAUAUAUUUGUACAAAGGUGUAACCUAUCACUUCAAAUCUGGAAACUGCCCUAUCUCAUGUGAAGCAUGCAUCCCGGAAGUGCUCUUAACUUGUGCAGUGAGGGAAUCAAGCAGGUUGGAAGUGCACAUGAGUCUCACAGCACUUUAUUUUUUCCAGCCUUACUCCAGGAGCAACACUGCCCCCAAACGCACGUGCUUAGUUGGCAUAUUCACUUUUAUAUAAUAAGAGUGGCUUGCAUAUGGAACAGUGCCCCGUGGAUCCAAGAGUGGGGUGACACAAAUGGAUUCCCCUUUAAAGUGUUUGAAUUGGGCCAAACUGGUUCAUGGUGACACCAUGGGCUGAGAUCAAUCAAAUGGUCUCUGCGCUUGCAUGGAGACCCAACCCCCACCACCACUACCACUGACCUGGACUGAUGGAGGAGCACCAGCAGGGCCUAGGGGAGCUGCUGCCAGCCCACUGUUGCCAAGGAGCCACACCGCUGCCACAGUGCAUAAGGUAACCUCCUUUUUCAAACCACCCCAAUGCUUGUAAAGGGGAAUCCUUACCCAAUUCCUCUUUCCAGGCAUCCAAACUAGGUCAACCGCUUGGGCUAGGCAGUUCGGUUUGAGUUUGGUUCGAACUCUAACUGAAUCUCCCUUAGCAGUUCUGUGCACACCCCUGGUCUCCAACAGCCAUUCUAGGACACAAUACAUUUUAUAUUUGGUCUCCCAUGUCUUUAACUGGUUUGUUGGUAGUCUAUUGGAGGUGGAAGGCAGGAAGCAACAUAGCAUAAAAGACCGGGGAGCCAGAUGGUCUUUGAAUGUAUGGCUUCUCUUUACCCAGAAGGCCAAACCAUGUUUAAUGUAACAUGUUUUUUGGCCUUGGCCCCACAUAUUUAUUUUUAAAUUUUUGAACAGACAUGAGGGUAAUCAGGCAGGACUACUAUGUAGGGAGGCAUGGUUGUUGGGGUUUUUUAACCCUUUAACCCCAACUAAAAUCCCCCACCUGAAGCUGCUAUUUCCAUUACAAGAGUAGCUAUCUUGACAUAAUGGCAGUUUCCUUUCCAACAAAAUAGCCUCAGGGUAUUUUCAUUUCCAUUCAUUUUUCAUACAAAAUGAAUGGAAAUAGUCACCGUUCACCCCCUCCCCCCAUGCACACACCCUAAUUCUGAUCUCCCCUUCUCCAUGACUAUGUAUAAUUUCCCUCACCGACAUCAAAACUAUGUGCAAACAGUCUAGUGACUAAAAAGGUAGUGGAUGUAAUUUCAGCACACACUCAUAUAAACACAUCAAGUUGCCUUUUCUAACUUUUUCUCAGCAGAAGCCUUGGAAGUUUUACUGAGGAAGGAACAACAAAUAUGGUUACAGCAGACUUGGAAGGUGUGCCUGGUUUGGGGUGUGUGUGUGUGUGUGUGUGUGUGUGUGUGUGUGUUUUUUUAACCAUUCACCUCAUAUACUUCCCUAAGCUGUUCAACCAUUGGUCCGUCUAGCUCAGAAUGGUCUACUCAUUCUAUUCCCAGGCAUCUCCAGGAAAUCAGCUUUGCAGGAUUUCCUAACUCUACCUGGAGAUGCCUGGGAAUGGAGCCUAGGACCUUCCACAUGCAAAGUAGGUGCUUUGCCAUUGAGCACCUACUUCUUACCCAAUACCAGGCCCAAGAUGUGUGUUGAACAAAACAAGUAAAAUACACUUAGAAUGUUCACCUCCAACUUACAGGCACACUUCCUCCUGUCCAGGCAUUCCACAUAGACCUGAUUACAGCGCCACUGGCAGUAGCGAUGCUUCAUGUUAGGACAUGUCCUAGUCACACUUGUUGCUCAAACCAAUUGCAGAGAUCUCCCCAUGUGUAGUUUUUAAUGUAGAUUUCUUUACAAAAGGGCCAUUGCUUUUUCCAUGGUACAUUCACCUCACUACCUCUUGGCCCUGAUUAAUGCUAAAAAGGUUUUAUUGAAAGCAAAUGUAGCUGCCUCCAUCAGUUGAGGAAAAAGACCCUGUUUUUAUAUAUUUAUUUUAAAUUUGGACACAACUCAUAGAUCAUCUACUAAUAAAGUUCUGUCAUCUUCAACAGCAAGUGCCUCAGCAGGUUCUGCAUUUGUUUAGAAUAAUUUUUGGAUACAAGUUGCUGCCUUCCUUUGCAUUUUCUGCUCACUAGCCUGACCUAAUAAAAGGAGUCCGCUCGAUCGUACAAAACUGAGGACUUGUGAUUACCCCUGCUAACUUGGCAAAGUUGAUUACCUCUGCUAACUUGGCAAAGAGGCACCUUUUAAUGUGGUGAUUCUCUUUAUUUAGCAGGGGGAGAGUAACUGGUCCUAUCCACCACUAGCACAGUACCUCCAGUGACUGUUGCUGGUGUCUAUUUUAUGUUUCUUUUUAGAUUGUGAGCCCUUUGGGGACAGGGUUCCAUCUUAUUUGUUUGUUAUUUCUCCGUGUAAACUGUCCUGAGCCAUUUUUGGAAGGGCGGUAUAGAAAUCGAAUGAAUAAAUAAAUAAUAAAUAAAUAUUGUGAGGGGGAUGCCUCUCCCUAGAAAACAAUCACAACUAAUAAAGAUUGUUGUAUAUUA